CUCUCAAACUUUCAAAGGCUUUGAAAAAUCCUGUCGUUCCAAACAACUCCCAAAGCACAACAUGUCUGCCUCCUCUUUUUGUUUGAAAAAUGUUUCAUCUCUUGUUUCAAAGAGAAAAAUUGCUCCGAGAAAGUUAAUCUCCACUAACAAACAAGCUACCACCACUUCAGUAGUAGGAUCGAGAAACUUUUCAUAUAGUAUUUCGAGUUUACAAUACCAAACUAUGGUACAUAAGAUUUUACAACAAUAUGCACCUCAAGAUCAUGGUUUGGUGAGUUCUGGAGAUUAUUUGCAAAUUACUCCUCAUCAUAUUUUGACUCAUGACAAUACAAGUGCUGUGAUGAUUAAAUUCAAAGCAUUCUUUGAGGAAAGUAAGAAACCAUUGAAAUUCUCCAAUCCAAAACAACCAGUUUUUGCUCUUGACCACAAUAUUCAAGACACUUCAGAUGCCAAUCUUGUAAAAUAUAAGAAAAUUGAACAAUUUGCUAAGGAUAAUGGAGUUGUUUUUUAUCCAGCUGGAAGAGGUAUUGGUCACCAAGUUAUGAUUGAAGAAGGUUAUGCCUGGCCAUUGACAUUCACUACUGCUAGUGAUUCUCACUCAAAUAUGUACGGUGGUAUUGGUUGUUUGGGUACUCCAGUUGUCAGAACUGAUGCUGCUGCCAUUUGGGCAACAGGAUCCACUUGGUGGCAAGUUCCACCAGUCACUAGAGUUGAAUUGACUGGAAAAUUGAGAGAAGGUGUCAGUGGAAAGGAUGUUAUUAUUACAUUGUGUGGAAUUUUCAAUCAGGAUGAUGUUUUGAAUCAUUGUGUGGAAUUUGUAGGAGAAGGAGUUUCUUCAUUAUCAAUUGAUGAAAGAUUAUCAAUUGCUAACAUGACCACUGAAUGGGGUGCUCUUGCUGGUGUUUUUCCAGUCGAUGAGAAGACCAUUGAUUGGCUUAAAAAGUCUCAAAAAUCUGAAAAGGCCAAUGAUAUUAAGGAAUUGGAAAAUAAUUACAAGAAGUAUUUACCAGAUUCUGAUGCUAAAUAUGUUCAAACCUUGACUUUGGAUCUUGGAAGUGUUGAACCUCACGUUUCUGGCCCAAACCACGUCAAGGUCAUGUCAAGUGUUAGAGAAAUCACCAAGAAGAAUAUUAAGGUCCACAAGGCUUACAUUGUAUCAUGUGUUAACAGUAGAGUUAACGAUUUACAUCAAGCUGCCAACGUCAUCAGAAAGAGUUCAAAGAAGACUAUUGCUGAAGGAGUUGAACUGUACAUUUCAGCUGCCAGUGACAAGGUUCAGAAGGAAAGUGAAAGACUUGGCGAUUGGCAAGUUUUGGUUCAAGCUGGUGCCAAGGUUCUUCCACCAGGUUGUGGCCCAUGUAUUGGAUUGGGUGCUGGUUUGUUAGAAGAUGGACAAGUUGGUAUCUCAAGUACAAACAGAAACUUUAAGGGUAGAAUGGGUUCAAGAAAUGCUGAAGCUUAUUUGGCCUCACCAGAAGUUGUUAUGGCCAGUGCUUUGAGUGGUGUCAUUACUCUUCCUGAAUAUUAUACUGAAUCUCAAGCUCCAUUACCAAAAUUCACCAAGACUAGUGAAAAUCAAUCAGAGGGAGAAAAAUCAACAACCAAGAUUAUUGAAGGAUUCCCAGAAGUUAUAGAAGGAGAAGUUGUUUUUGUUCAUCAAGAUAACUUGAACACUGAUGGUAUUUAUCCUGGUAAAUAUACUUAUAAGGAAAAUAUUUCUCCAGAAGAACAAGCUCAAGUAGCUAUGGAAAAUUAUGACGUCAACUUUACCAAGAUUGCCAAGAAGGGUCACGUUCUUAUUGCUGGUUACAACUUUGGUACUGGUAGCUCUAGAGAACAAGCUGCCACUUGUUUGAAAUUUAUGGGAAUUAAAUUGAUUGUUGGUGGUAGUUUCAGUGAAACAUACAAGAGAAAUGCCACAAAUAAUGGUUUCUUGUGUAUUGAAGUUCCAGCCCUCGUUGACUACUUGAAGCAAUCUGUGGGAACUACUAAGGAAACUGUUCUCUUGGAAAAUAGCAAGAUUAGUAUUGAUUUUAGAAAUUCUACCCUUGUUUUAACAACUCCAAAAGAAACUAAGGAAUACUCAUUCCACCCUGUUGGCCCAGUUGCUCAAGAGCUUAUUGUCUCGGGAGGUUUGGAACCUUUGGUCCUUAACAAGAUCAAGAGUCAAUAAAUCUUUUACUUUACAGUUUUG